CUGAGCGAUGUGGGAUAUUCAACAUUAACUCGGAAUCAACUAUCAUUGAUUUAUGGCAAAGAUUCACCUUAUCACGAUCUGGCAGCUCUUGAAAGGUUGUCAAAUAUAACUGGUGAUGAAUAUUUUGAAAAGCUAUUAAUGAAUGAUAUAAAACUGAUCGCAAAAUCCGAAGCUAUUGCUACAAUUAAAGAAGGAAACAGACGCAAAAGGCAAACAGUACUUUCACCAUCUAUUUUGUCACCUAGUGUGAGUUCACCUAGCAAAUUGUCGCCAACAAUUUUGUCGCCAGGAGUCUUAAACCCUGCUAUUUUAAGUCCAUCUAUUCUUGGUGCAGUAAUUCUAAGCCCUGGACUUUUUAAUCCCAGUUUUUUAUCACCUUCAAUGUUGUCGCCAGUUAUACUUAGCCCUGAUGGAUUCAGUCCUGUAGUGUUAAGCCCUUCGGCUCUUAAUCCAGUCGUACUAUCACCAGGAGUUUUCAGUCCUGCAGUGCUUAGUCCAACUGCUUUAUCACCCGGUGCUUUGAAUCCGGGCUUCGGUUCUCCUGCUGUACUCUCACCUUUUGUCCUCAAUCCUGCACUUCUAAGUCCUUCUGCAAUGUCGCCACUCGUUUUGAGCCCAUUUGCCUUCUCUCCUGAUAUGCUAUCACCCUCAUAUUUUUCUGCUGUAAUACUUAGUCCAAGCGCUUUCUCUCCAUCUUUUGAAUCGCCAUCUGAAAAUGUGACAGUUGUACUUUCGCCUAGCAUUUUUAAUCCAUUCAUUUUUAUACCGCUUAAGUCUAUAUACAUCACAAUUCCGCCUAAAUAUCUGAAAUCUCUUUGCAUCAGUCCAAAUAUCGAACAUCCAGCUUUUAAUGUUAUUCGUCGCAAUGCUUGGUGA